AUGACGGUCAAGGUGCGACCCUCGGUUCUCAUCAUAGGCUGCGGCCCAGCAGGUCUAGGAGCCAUUGAGCAAUUCAAGCGGAAAGGCUUUGAUGUCGUGGCCUACGAGGCCCGCGACAGUGUCGGUGGUCUGUGGAACUUUGACCCGACUCCGCCGCCAUGCCAGAUCUCAUUCGAUAAGGACGGCCAUGCCAUUGCGCUGACAGACCACGAGCGGUCUGGUAAGCCGGCAGCGGCUCCAACUCCCAUGUAUGCCGGUGUCACGGCCAACACGCCCAGGGAUAUCAUGCCCUAUCGCUCGCAUCCCUACCCACAGGGCACGGCCGAGUACCCGACUUAUCAGGUCAUCUACCAAUACCAGCAACAGCACGCUGCCACCUACGCCAACCACAUCCGACUCAACCGUGUGGUCACUCGGGUGCGACACACGCCCGACGACCAUGCUGCCAGGCAAAGAUGGCUGGUGGAGUGGACGCCGUCCGUGACGAGCAAGUCGCCGGAUGUGGGAACGACGUUUGAGGAGGGAUUUGACCAUAUUGUGGUGGCCAACGGGUCGGAUUCCAGGCCCUUCAUCCCCUAUAUAGACAACUUGUGGCGCUGGAAGGGCCAAAUCCUGCAUUCGAGGUGGUACAGAGACGCGAAAGUAUUUGCUGGAAAGACCGUAAUGGUGGUGGGUGCCGGGCCAUCGAGCGCCGAUAUUGUGCGAGAACUCGGCAUGCUUCGGGUUGAACAGUCGCCCCUGGCACCACGCCGAGUUUACCGCUCUCUGAGAAGCAAGCCGCGCUACGACACGGAGCACGAAAAGGGAUGGAGCGAGCACAUCAACAACGUGACACCUAUCCGCACCGUCGAGCCGCCCUCAUCCAACUCUGCCACCGGGCGGAUCGUCACCGUGUCGGGAGAAGUUCUGGAUGAUGUGGACGUUAUCAUCUUUGCUACAGGAUUCGUGAUCCGCUUCGAGUUCUGCCACGCGUCAGAUGCUCCGUUCAACAAAGCACCCCUGCUGAGGUAUCCGUCUGUGCCUGCAGAGGCUCCUCGACCGCCCAAGGACUUGGUGGGACAGGCUACGCUGGACGGCGGGCACCGCGUUCACAAUCUCGACGCUCACCAGAUCUUCUACCUUCCGGACCCAACGCUCGUAUUCUUACUGCUGCACGCCGAAGCCAUCCCCUGGCCCUUCUCGGAAAUGCAGGCCCGCGUGGUCGCGGCUUACUGGUCGGGCACGCCGCUCGAGCUGACGCCUCAUCCGGAAGAAGACUCGGACUCGCAUUCGAUCCUGGUUCUCGGCCAUCCCGGAGAAUUCAAAUAUGCCGAAAAGUUGUUGAGUCUGAUUGGCGAAGGAGGACCAGAGGAAGUUGACGAUCAAGGACGCUGGGGAGCGUGGCCGGCUUGGAAGCAGCGUAUUCGGGAGCUCAUUGACUAG